GAUGCGUUUUAAAUAAGCGGAAACAGAUGGUCACGUGAUCUCGUUCCCGUUUCCCGCCCCUUUUCGCGACUUUUUUUAUUCCGCACCCGGAAACGGGACCAGAUCAUAGACGUCUGCAAAACUUUCUGCAGAUUUUGCGCCUGCUGUGUUUUAUCUGAAACUCGUCGCUGUUACCUGGCAGCUGCAGCUGGUGGAGUGCACGCUCUGUCCCGAGGCGUAAAAACACGCGUGGAGUUUCUGUGUGGAUGCAAAAGAUCCGCUUGGGUCCAGCAUCUGGCGUCAUCCGUCCGUUCACCACUAACGCUUUCCGUUUUCCAUCAAGCAGCAGGAAUGAAGAAGUCCAGGUCUCGCACGGUCCGCCCCGCCAUCGCCAGAAUCACUCGCAGCUCCAAGUCCCAGGCAGAGCACCCAAAACCCACAGAGACCCAGGACUCUGAGGAGGGCCUCCACAGAAAACAUCAAAAGAUCCAAACGGAUUCGACUCCAGCCGCGGACCGCAUGAGUGUGGAAACGCAGCACAUCUUCAUCACAAGCAAAGCACAGAUAUCUGACGGCGGCGGCGGCGAUCCUCAGCCGGCCUGUCAGACCUCUAAAGCGGAAGGGGGCAGCCCAUCUUCACGCGGUGUGAAGUCUUCAUCCCCUCAUGAUCUUCUCUCUGUUGCUCGGCUUGUGAAACUCGGCCGCUGUAAGAAUGUGGUGGUAGUGGCUGGAGCGGGAAUCAGCACAGCCAGCGGCAUCCCAGAUUUCAGGACUCCAGGAACAGGUCUUUAUUCCAACUUGGAGAAGUACAAUGUCCCGUACCCAGAGGCCAUCUUCAACAUCGAUUACUUCUCCGACAACCCGCAGCCCUUCUUCUCUUUAGCCAAAGUUCUGUAUCCUGGCAGCCAUCGACCCAACUACAUCCACUACUUCAUCCGCGUGCUUCACCACAAAGGCUUGCUGCUGAGAAUGUACACCCAGAACAUCGACGGACUGGAGAAGUUGUGUGGGAUCCCAGAUGACAAACUGGUGGAAGCCCACGGCAGCUUUGCCACCGCCUCCUGUCACUUGUGCUACACGCCGUAUCCAGCAGAAGAGGCUCGGUACGCCAUCAUGCAUGACCGUGUCCCCACAUGCUCGUUUUGCACCGCAACGGUCAAGCCAGAUGUUGUGUUCUUUGGGGAGGACCUGCCCCGCAAGUACUUUCUGCACAGGAAGGACUUCCCGAAGGCGGACCUGCUCAUUAUAAUGGGAACGUCUCUGAAGAUCGAGCCGUUUGCCAGUUUGGUAAAUUCUGUGCGCUCCACUGUUCCCCGGCUCCUGCUGAAUAGAAACGCCGUCGGCCCCUUUGAGAGGGUCCCACUGCGGAGAGGAGAUCAUAUGGAGCUGGGCGACCUGGCAGACUCUGUGCGGAAGUUUGCUGAAAUGCUCGGCUGGGACGGCGAAAUCCAGGAGCUGAUGAGGAGUCAGGAAGUGAACAGAGGAGCAUCGGAUCAGGAAAGCUGUGAAGAAACGUCCAGAACUGAAGGAUCAGGAGCGCCCAGCAGCAGCGAGGAGACGGACUCGGAAACAGACAGCAAAAGUUCUACCUGAUCCAGAUCAGGUCUCUCUGUUGAAGUGAUUGGAGCUCAUCUCCAGUCUUGUUUAGUACGUUUGAUCAUGGAAAUGUUUAAUUUAAGUGAGACGCAGGACACUAGCAAAUGUUUCCUGUUUUCUAUAUCUAAGGCAAAUAGUUUUAUUGAAAAUGCACUAUAAUUUUAACAGUAUUUAAUAAAGACUGAGACAAUAGUAUCUUGUUAA